AUGCGCACCACUGGUUAUACGGAGUUACGCACUCAGCAGAGUAUAGAGGAUUUGAGGUACAAAUAUACUAGUAUACUUCUCCCCAUUGUCCUCAGUUUUUCUCUUAUUCUGCUUUUACCUUUCAGUUUCCUUUGGGUUGUUGAUAUGGCGGAGCGUCACCACCGCAAACCACCUCCGAAUUUAGAUACAGAGGGAAUGGAUAUAGAUCAGCCCAUGGUUAUUCCGGACACUCCUGAUAGGGUUUCUAAAGAAGCAACAAAUACUUCUAGCGCCAAUAGUUUUUUCGAUUCCAGUUCAAGAAAUUCUGGGUCGGUAAAUAGGGUCAUUAAGGGUAGAAAGAUUCAGCUUUUAGGUGGCAAUCAUGCUGGACGAACAUAUUCUUUUCCAAGGGAUAAUCUUGGUGAUCUUGCUAGAAGUGAAGAUGCAAGAAGCAGUGCUGUUCUUUCCCGUGUGGAAGCCAGCAAGAAAUUUAAAGACAAGGGCAAACAUCAUUAUCUCCAUCAUCAUUUAAAGGAUGAAAAAAUUCCAUAUUCUAAAGCUCCUUACUCCAGUGUUACUGGAACAUUAUCAUCUCAUCAUCAUAAUAUAAGGGAGGAGCCAAUUAUGAUUGAUAAUGGUGGGAUUGCAAAGUUCUCUUCUAAAUCUACAAGAGAUGAUUUAAGGACUCGAAAGAUGGACAUGGAUUUUCAGCUUCCCAAUCUACAUGCUGAUGGCACUUCUAAAUCUACUAGAAAUGACUAUAAGGGAAAGGUGAAGGUUGGUCUUGAGAGCCCUAUCUGUUGUAAUGCUCCUUCUGUUAAAGGGGUUGAUAGUGUCUGCCAUAUUACUUCAGAUCAUGAUCCUGGAAUGGGCCCUUCUGUGCCAUUUCAUUCUUCUAAAGUACCCAAUAAAAUAAUGCGUAAAAAUUUGGUACGGAAUGGCUGUAUAUCUCCAUAUAAUAUUGCAAAGGCCAAAAUGUUAGCAGAAGCUUCCAGUAAUGGUCCUAAAAUUGCUCAAUGUGGUGCUGAUUCAGGUCAUUCUGAAUCUAUAGUUGGUGUUAAUGAGGCGUCAUUAAAACCAAAUGUUGCAUGCCGAGCCAAAGGAAAAGGGUUGUUGAUUAAUGAUUCACCUUCGAAGUGCCCUGGUGGCAGGAAGAAUGAAAUUGGGAAUCAUACUGACGGGCGUAAUAAAGGAAAGUUACCUGAAGUUGACUGCAUUAUUGUACAUGAAAAUAGUGGCAACUCAAAUAAAAUUCUUUCGGGCAAAAGCACUUUGGCAGUUUCUACAAAGUCUGUACUCAGUGAAAGUCAGCUUCACACCCCAAGCUCAUCUAUUAAAAGGCAAAAGAAGCAUGGUUUGAAUUCAGGCAGCCCAGAGGUAAUUUGUUUGAGUUCAGGUGGGGAAACAUCAAACAUGAAAUUAAGGAAUCAUGGUGCUGUAUCUCAGAAGGAUUUUGGCUCUUCAUGCGCUGUUGAUGAAUUCUCCGCUGAAUUCAGAGAGAGUAGCUCACAAACUGAAAAUGACUCAGAAGUUAGGGCCCAACUUCAUGCAGAUGAGAUGUUGGCUUAUAAGCUGCAGGAGCAAUUGUAUAAUGAGAUACCUGAACCUAUAUCAGACGCGCAGGAAUACAGGAUGCAGCCUGCUUCUUCAAGAAGUCAUCACGCACAUGAUAUUAUGGGGGCCCCACCGUCCAACCGAAUGCAAACAUCUCAACAAUCACUCCGUGGUCGCCUCCGUCGAGGAGGAUUAGCACGAUUUACCAGAUCACAUGUAGCAAACCUGAGGAAUAGUUUUCAUCGUCAUCCUAGAGGGGAGAAUUUAUCUUUCCCUUCAGAUAUGAAUCUUGAAUUGAGAAUGGAUUUACUAGAGUCCUUGGAAGCUGUGGUGAAUGAUGAUAUCAGAAUGGUUGAUCAGCUUCUUCAUUCUGAUCGUGAAUUCAGCGAACAUGAUUAUGAAAUGUUAUUAGCUCUUGACGACAACAAUCAUGCACAUCUUGGUGCAUCAGUUGCUCAGAUAGCCAACCUCCCUGAGUCCAAAGUACAAAACGAUAACUGUGAUGAUUGUUCAAUAUGUCUCGAAACCCCUGUGAUUGGGGAUACCAUGCGUCAUCUGCCUUGCUUGCAUAAAUUUCACAAAGAUUGUAUUGAUCCAUGGUUGAGAAGAAGAAGAUCAUGUCCAGUUUGCAAGUCAGAUAUAUGAUUUCUUUUUGUUCUGCAUUUGUCAAAGUGCAGGCAAUUUCAUGUUGAUCAGGUCUAUCUGAUUUCUGAAAUAUGGGGCUUUUAGAUAUUGGCUAGAGAAACCCCCUUAUGUACUUGCUCAACUCCAAGUCGAGGCAAUAUAUAGCAUAGCUCACAGAGAAAGAAAGACUGAAAUCGAACGACAUAUAUUACUUUUGGAUCACAUAGCAAAUCAUUCUUAUAUAACUGUCAUAUUUGCUGGAAGUCUUUGUUAUAACAAAGUGUAUUACUUAUAAUAAUGCUUAGAUUAGUUACAAAUAGCAGUAUAAUUUUUCAACAAUGUGAAAAGUUUUGAAGAUGCUGAUUUUCUUGGGCAGCUUUUAGGUACUGCCACAGCUUCUAUGUAAUGGAAGUACAGACUACAUUUUCAGAACCUAAGGUGAAUUUUGAAGAUGCUCAGGCUCAACCAUUAACUGACAUUUGUGGUACAUUUGCUGUAUAAUUAAUAUUCUUAUGCCUCCUCAUCUUGCUACAUUUAUAUUUAUAAGUUCUCACGUUUAAUGGUGGAUCUUGAACAAUUUUUUUGGGAGGGACUCAAUGGUGGUGUAUUUUUUGGGGGGUUGGUAAAAGUUUUAAUCAAAAAGAAGAUUUUUUUUUGUGGGGAGGGGGUUGAGCUCUGGCCGACCGAAGCUAAGGUCCGCCAUUACUUACACUGAAAAUUUUUGAUGUGUUAAAUUCAGUGAGAUUGAAGAGUAUUAAUAUCAUAACUCAAUUAUAUUUUUAGAAUUCCAA